GGAGCUGACGGCGGCAGACUCUUGGAAAUUUUCCACUUCCAUUUCAUAUUCACGGAAGAAUUUCCAGCCCAGACGUGUCCUGCUGUUGCUCAGGGCUGCUCACAGAUAUGCAAAGCAGAGACCUCCCACCCCAGCAGCAGACGGAGCCCAGCUAGCUGCACUCACCCUGACUCAGCUCAGCCGCCCGGGCAGCACGCAGCCUUUGGUCCGAGUGCGUCACCUGGAUGGCAUCCUCAGGAGCAGCCAUGGGGACCCCAGCGCCAGGUGCAGCCGAGAUGCCGCGCCAAUUCCCCAAGCUGAACAUCUCCGAGGUGGAUGAGCAAGUCCGGCUCCUGGCCGAGAAGGUGUUUGCUAAAGUACUCCGAGAAGAGGACAGCAAAGAUGCCCUGUCCCUCUUCACAGUCCCCGAGGACUGCCCCAUUGGACAGAAGGAGGCCAAGGAGAGGGAGCUGCAGAAGGAGCUGGCGGAGCAGAAGUCUUUGGAGACGGCGAAAAGAAAGAAAAGUUUUAAGAUGAUUCGAUCCCAGUCCCUGUCUCUGCAAAUGCCGACACAGCAAGAUUGGAAGGGUCCCCCGACAGCCAGUCCAGCCAUAUCUCCUGCAACCCCCGUGCUCCCCGGAGCCACUCCCCUGCCUGUGCCCGCACCCUAUGCCGUGCCCGAGUUCCAGCGGGUCACCAUCAGUGGAGACUACUGUGCUGGGAUCACCGUGGAGGACUAUGAGCAGGCUGCCAAGAGCCUGGCCAAAGCCCUGAUGAUCCGGGAGAAGUAUGCCCGCCUUGCCUAUCACCGCUUCCCGCGCACCACGGCCCAGUACCUGGGUCAUCGGCGGCUGGACGCCACUCCUCUGGAAGAGGGCCUCCCAGACUUUCAUCCUCCCCCUCUGCCCGAAGAAGACCCUUAUUGCCUGGAGAAUGCUCCCCCCAACCUGGGCUACCUGGUCCGCAUGCAGGGAGGCAUCCUCUAUGUGUAUGACAGCAAGAAGAUGCUGGAGCGGCAGGAGCCCCACAGCCUACCCUACCCUGACCUGGAGACCUACACGGUGGACAUGAGCCACAUCCUGGCUCUCAUCACGGACGGCCCCACGAAGACGUAUUGUCACCGGCGACUGAACUUUCUGGAAUCCAAGUUCAGCCUUCAUGAGAUGUUAAAUGAAAUGUCUGAGUUCAAAGAGUUGAAGAGUAACCCCCACCGAGACUUCUAUAAUGUGAGAAAGGUGGACACUCACAUCCAUGCAGCUGCCUGCAUGAACCAGAAGCACCUGCUGCGCUUCAUCAAGCACACGUACCAGACAGAGCCCGACAGGACAGUGGCCGAGAAGCGGGGCCGGAAGAUUACCCUGCGGCAGGUGUUCGACAGCCUGCACAUGGACCCAUACGACCUCACUGUGGACUCGCUGGAUGUCCAUGCGGGCCGGCAGACGUUCCACCGCUUUGACAAGUUCAACUCCAAGUACAACCCUGUGGGGGCCAGCGAGCUGCGAGACCUGUAUCUGAAAACAGAAAACUACCUAGGAGGAGAGUACUUCGCUCGAAUGGUCAAGGAGGUGGCCCGGGAGCUGGAGGAGAGCAAGUACCAGUACUCAGAGCCACGGCUAUCCAUCUACGGCCGCAGUCCCGAGGAGUGGCCCGGCCUGGCCCGCUGGUUCAUCCAGAACAAGGUCUACUCGCCCCACAUGCGCUGGGUCAUCCAGGUGCCCCGGAUCUAUGACAUAUUUAGGUUAAAGAAGCUGCUGCCAAGCUUUGGGAAGAUGCUGGAGAAUAUCUUCCUGCCCCUUUUCGAGGCCACCAUCAACCCUCAAGAUCACCGAGAGCUUCACCUCUUCCUCAAAUAUGUGACAGGGUUUGACAGCGUGGAUGAUGAGUCCAAGCACAGCGACCACAUGUUUUCGGACAAGAGCCCCAGCCCGGACGUCUGGACCAGCGAGCAGAACCCGCCCUACAGCUACUACCUGUACUACAUGUACGCCAACAUCAUGGUGCUGAACAACCUCCGCAGGGAACGGGGCCUGAGCACGUUCCUGUUCCGGCCUCACUGUGGGGAGGCCGGCUCCAUCACCCACCUGGUUUCCGCUUUCCUGACUGCUGACAACAUUUCCCACGGACUGCUCCUCAAGAAGAGUCCGGUGUUGCAGUAUCUCUACUACCUGGCUCAGAUCCCCAUUGCCAUGUCUCCUCUUAGCAACAACAGUCUGUUCCUCGAAUAUUCGAAAAACCCUCUGAGGGAAUUCCUGCACAAGGGGCUUCAUGUUUCUCUCUCCACUGACGAUCCCAUGCAGUUUCACUACACGAAGGAAGCGCUUAUGGAGGAAUACGCAAUUGCGGCUCAAGUGUGGAAGCUGAGCACGUGUGACCUGUGUGAGAUCGCCAGGAACAGUGUGCUGCAGAGCGGCCUCUCGCAUCAGGAAAAGCAAAAAUUUCUGGGACAAAAUUACUAUAAGGAAGGACCUGAAGGAAAUGAUAUUCGGAAGACAAAUGUUGCUCAGAUCCGGAUGGCAUUCCGAUACGAGACCCUGUGCAAUGAGCUCAGCUUCCUGUCUGAUGCCAUGAAAUCAGAAGAGAUCACAGCCCUGACCAACUAGUCGAGCGUUGGACACGUGUUUUACCUUUUUGGUUUAAUUUCAAGUCUGCCGUGAUUAACAGCGGUCAAGAUACCAAACUAGGACUUUCCUCCAUGGAGAGGAUACCGCUGAAGAACUUUCAAACUAGUGGUUUUUGGUUGCACUAUUCCCUUUAAGGUCUAACAUGCCCAUUUCGGUGGCUUCCCUGGUGGCUCAGAGUAAAGUGUCUGCCUGCAAUGCAGGAGACCUGGGCUCAAUCCCUGGGUUGGGAAGAUCCCCUGAAGAAGAAAAUGGGAACCCACUCUGGUAUUCUUGCCUGGAAAAUCCCAUGGGCGGAGAAUCCUGGUAGGCUAUAGUCUAUGGGGUUGCAGAGUCGGACACGACUGAGUGACUUCACUUCACUUCAUGCCAAUUUCUAUUUUUGAGUAAUAGAUGGUGACUCCUCCUUGGGGAUCUGGGAGCUGGACUAAUUCCCAAUUUUCCAAAUGUUCCUCUUCAAAGUGCUAAUGCUUGCAUCGUGGGGGCCAGGAUCUUACAUGGUCUAGUGCCCAGUGAUAUGAAGUCUGGUUUUCUGCCAUAGUCUUCUCUAUAAACUCCGCAGACUUGUUGGUAGUUGUUCAUUUCGGCCUCUCAUGGGCUGUCUGCCUUAAAAUCUACUUCAAACCUCCCUUUCAGAAAGGAGCUACUUUGAGAGAAUUAGAAAACUUCUUUGCGUUUUUUUUUUUAAUGAGUUUUUAAAACUGUUUUAUUUAGCCCUCCUCCCUUCGUAUUUAGGAAACCAAAUAUUCAUAUCACAGCCAUCACUCCUAUUCUGUGUCUUGGUUUCCUCAUCUGAAAGGAGAAGGUUUAGAUCAGAUGAGUGGUUUUCCGUGGUGUUCCGUGAGCUCGGCUCCUGGACCACUUCAGGGCAGGGAAUGAGAAGGGGGUUGAGGCUCUGAGGUGCUGCUUUUACUUCAAGGUGACUCAGCUUUCAUUGGUUUUAUACUGGGGCUUCUAUGUAUUUACAUUUGAACUAAGGACUUUGAAAACACAGGACUAGAUGACCUCUGUUCCUUUUGGCUCUAAUAUUCUGUGAUUGUAGCCCAAUUAUCAUUUUACUUAUGAACAGUUAGGGCCACAGAAGUGAAACUUGAUUAAGGUCACACAGCUCUAAUAAGUCAUAGGCUCAGACCUAGGUUUCCCUAAUCCUAAUCUAGUCCUUUCCCCACUAUUCUUUCAGGCCUGACACAUUUAGAAUUUUUUUAAAUCACUGUAACUUGGUGCAUUUUCCACCGUCCCCCUGCCCCGCCCCAAGGUGAAAUCUCUCCUUUACCUAAUAUGCAGACCUCUUUAGAAUAUAUGUGGUCCCAGGGGCCAGGUAGAAAGCAUUUUUAAAGACCAGGCUGAAUUUAAGCUUUACCAACGUACUCUUCAUCUGUGUUACUCGGGCCUUGUACAUAGUAGGUGCUCAAUAAAUGUAUAUUAUAUAAAAAUGAAUGAAUCUCUUUUGGAAAUAUUUUAAGGUUGUAUGAUCCUGGAACUCAAGAGGCUGCUCAAGGACCUUCUUGUCUAUCUCUAUGGGCAAAUAUAGACUAGAGUAAGCCCUUGUUAAUCAUUACAGAGUUAGAAGAACACUAUUUUUGCCUGUGAAGAUGCUUACCUGGCUCUAGGUUGUCUUGUCCUGUUACUUUAUAACGAUUAUCCCCUCCACUGGUCAACUUAGCAUACGGAACAAUAAAUACAGUCUUUUUACAAGGCAAACAUAUGCUAUCUUAUAGCUAACCAUGAAACUAAAUGAAAACCGAGCAUUUAUUUUAGGCACUCAUUUUUAAAAAGCCAUUUGUAUACAUUUGCCUGAACAUAACAAGUAUUUUACAGUUUUUCAUUGU